UGCCUUGCUGCUGUUUUUCUGAAGGCAGGAGCCACUUUGCUCAAACACAGAUGCAAAUUGCCCAAGAGCUGAGAGCGGUUGUUUUUUUUGUUUUGUUUUGUUUUUUGCCUGUUUUCUUGCUUUCGCCCAUUUCAUUUUCUAUUAGGCUUUUCCUCUCCCUGAUGUAACCUGUAAGGGGAUCCUUUAGCUCCAAGUGCUGGAUUUAUCACACUGUAAAUGUUAAGUGGAUCCUCUGUUUUCACAAGAAGAAAGCCCAGACAGCUUUAAGCUGAUAGCACUCUGCGGUGGUGACUGAUGCAGGGUGACCCACUGAGUUCUUCAUUAUGUCUGAUGGAGACUAUGAUUACCUCAUCAAGUUUUUAGCUCUGGGAGACUCGGGAGUAGGGAAGACCAGUGUGCUUUAUCAGUACACAGAUGGUAAAUUUAACUCCAAAUUCAUCACAACAGUCGGCAUUGAUUUCAGGGAAAAGAGAGUGGUGUACAGAGCCAAUGGGCCAGAUGGAGCUGUUGGCAGAGGUCAGAGAAUCCAUCUGCAGUUAUGGGACACAGCUGGACAAGAGAGGUUUCGUAGCUUGACAACUGCCUUCUUCAGAGAUGCUAUGGGCUUUCUUCUGCUAUUUGAUCUGACAAAUGAGCAGAGUUUUCUCAAUGUCAGAAACUGGAUAAGUCAGCUACAAAUGCAUGCAUAUUGUGAAAACCCAGAUAUAGUGUUAUGUGGGAAUAAGAGUGAUCUGGAAGACCAAAGAGUAGUAAAAGAGGAAGAAGCCAGAGGACUUGCAGAGAAAUACGGAGUCCCCUACUUUGAAACUAGUGCUGCCAAUGGGACAAACAUAAACCAGGCUAUUGAGACGCUCCUGGACCUGAUAAUGAAGCGAAUGGAACGGUGUGUGGACAAGUCCUGGAUUCCCGAAGGCGUGGUGCGUUCCAACGGUCACACCUCUGCAGAUCAGCUGAAUGAAGAAAAGGAGAAGGGGUCAUGUGGCUGUUGAGGGGGCUUAGUGAGCUGAACAGCCAUUCGAGGGGCCCAUGUCUGUGACCUUCCCUAUGGUGAUACAUGACUCAGAGAGAGGCAAACAGGCCUUGCGUGCAAACUGCUUCUCACCAUCCCAAUUAGACCUAUCAGUAAAGCAUCCCGUUUUAAAAUUACUUUGCUGCAGCUUUGUAAAUAUUCUUUAAGUUUCAGCCUGAGAGGCAAAAUAUCUCACAUAGCCAAAAGUGCCUUAUGAAACAUUAGCCCCAUGGCAGUAGAUUGUUCAAGGAUUCAGGAUUUUGUAGCCACAGAACAGUGCAUUUAUUAUGUAUAAUGACUGAAGAUACCAUCCCUGCUUUACCAUAGAUAGGCCCAGAGUCUCACCUUUAAGAUCUUAGAUGUAAUAUCGGUCUUUAACGCAAAUUUAAGACACUUCUUGCACCACAGGGGACUUUCUAAAAUGUCAUCUAAACAAUUUAAAUAUUAAAUAAGAAUAUACACAAAUGAUGGUUCAAUGUCGUGAGUAUAAUUUAUGUAAGCAUUCUCUUUAAAAUGAAUAUAGGAGAAAUGAUUGGCCAUAUCUAUAGGCCCUGGAUAAACUGGAUUGAUCAAUUUCAUGCUCACUGUGACUAUUUUUGGUGGGAAGGGCCUUGAGAGUAAGGACUAGGGUGGUUUAGUGUUGUGUAAGUGACUGAAGUGGGGACUUCUGGCUCCCUGCCCGAUUCCCUUUGCUCUGAAAGGUUGAUUGAAGGGUCAGGGAAUUAGAUUUUUAUGCCUUUAGUUCACAGUGAUAUGUGCAUUUAUACUUGGCCUAUGUGCUGGCCAUAUUGAACAUAGCUGGUGCUUAUGCUGAAGUUAUUUGUGAUAAGCAAAUAUUUAGCUUUUCUUUAUAUUUAUAAUGUUGGUCUGGCAUCCUCAGGCUGCAGUUUCAAUUAGCUUAUGAACGACUCCUCAUUUUUUUUCACCAUCAGGCUCUAUCUUGAUCUUUGAAACUUGUUUUAUUUUUAUAUGGGUGGAAUUGAAGGAAUUAGUUUAUAAUUACAUAACAUGUCUGUUUAUACUGUUUGGUGGAAGAUGGAUGUUUGUAUUUAAGCAAUUACAUUCGUAUUCUGUCUCAAAAUAGAAAAACAAAAUAUUCUAUGGCCUGUAGUUUUCACUGAGAUCAUGGGUAUUUACUAUACUUGCUGGAUCUUGCCAAGGUCAUGUACUCUUCCACACUGCCAAGAUGUCUUUUUUACCAAAUUAAAGGUGUGUUUCAAAAUAUGCUUCAUGGCAGUUGUUUAUAAAACUCAAAGGGGAAAAUUCUUAUUUAUUAAAGUAGUUUAAGUGGAUUAAGAUUUCCAAAGAACUUAAUGGCUAUUUAGGAAGAAAUACCACUCAUUAUAAUUUAAAUAAAGAAUAAAAAUAAAUGUAUUUUGUGAUGGCAUAACUGUAAUUAGAAAAAUAAAACUGUGAUGAAAAGUAGCUACUGGUACAUGAUAAUUUUCAAAUGGCUUUUUAUGGACCAUCUGUCCUGUUUUUUUUUUUGCCACUGCCCUCCCACCAUCUGCUUAAGAAACUUAGUUGUGCUUUGUAAGAUCUUAUAUAUUUCUAUCCUUAAAAUUUAGACUUUUUAAAAUACUAAGAAGUCACUGAGUCCUAUGCAUUUGAAUUGUGUAUCCUAGUGAUAAAAGGUCCAGCUAUUUCUGGAUCAGAGUCCUCAUCAUAAGCAGUGCCUUGUAAAAUUGCUGUAAGACUGAAGUGGAGAAAAUAAUUUUAUAGCUAUGUACCAGGGAACAUUUUAUAUGAUUUAUUUGUAGAGUGAAAAAGAAAACAAUAUCUGUAUUGUGUCAGCCUAUCAGGAACCAAAUGAGCAAUUCAUACAGAUUCUAUUGGCCUUAAACAUAAUACACAGUGAAACAUAUACACGAGACAGUGCACACACAAGAGCCAUUUUUAGUUAUUGACAUCAAUAACCUGUAUUCUCUUUGGAAAUCAUGUGUUUAAAUUUACUUUGAAGCACCAACAUAAACUUUUUUUCUGUGUCAGUGUAUUUUUCUAUUUACAGGCUUGUGUAAAAGUGAAGUGUAUCUUCAGUGAAUUUUGUGCCAGAUAAGCUUAUAAUAAAAAAGUGGUCUAAUCUGUCA